ACUCCCUCUGCUCAGCGGGUUCUGUAACUGGGGAAUGAGGAGGAGUGGUGCUGGGUCACCGAGGGCCAGUCACUGGGGAGUGAGGGCCGGUCAUGGGGAGUGAGGGCCAGUCACUGGGGAGUGAGGGACAGUCACUGGGGAUUGAGACUGGUCACUGGGGAGUGAGGUUGGGAUAAGGAUCAGUUCCGGGUUAUGACCCGGUGUCACCUCCUCUUCCUCCCGGGGUCGGUUUCCGGUUGAGCAGCGCGCACACACACACGCGCGCUGGCGAGGCGGCCCCGGGCUGUGAGGAGCGCCCGGUGCCGGAAGAUGCAUAGAGUCUCUAAGCGAAAAGAGAGUAAACCUACUGUAAAGAAUAGGUAAUCGUUAGCAAUGGAUGAGCAAGCUCUUCUGGGGUUGGACCCAAAUGCAGAUGCCAACUUCAGGCAGAGGGCUGUAGCAUAUUUUGAACAGCUGAAGGUUUCCCAGGAUGCGUGGCAGGUGUGUGCAGAGGCUUUGGCACAGGGGAUUUACAGUGAUGAUCAUGUCAAGUUCUUCUGUUUUCAAGUACUGGAACAUCAAAUUAAAUUCAGGUAUUCUGUUCUGACAGGAGCACAACAACAAAUGAUUAGGCAAACUAUAAUGACCUGGCUUCACGCUCAGAUGGUGAGUCCAGGCCCAGAGAAGACUUUUAUUCGCAACAAAGCUGCUCAAGUUUUCGCUAUCCUUUUCAUAACGGAGUAUCUUACUAAAUGGCCCAAGUUCUUCUUUGAUAUUCUAUCAGUAGUUGGCCUUAAUCCUCGAGGAGUCGAUCUCUAUCUACGAGUUCUUAUGGCCAUCGAUGCAGAAGUAGUAGAUCGCGACAUUGUUCAUACAGCAGAGGUAAACGUGGAGAGUAGGCGAAAUACCUUAAUAAAGGACACAAUGAGAGAACAAUGUAUACCUGAUUUGGUGGAAUCUUGGUACCACAUCCUGCAGACCUAUCAACAAACAAACUCUGAACUAACGUGCCAGUGCCUUGAGGUUGUAGGAGCUUUUGUCUCCUGGAUUGAUUUGAAUCUGAUUGCAAAUGACAGGUUUGUAAAUAUGCUGCUCAGUCAUAUGUCAGUGGAAGUCCUCCGUGAGGAAGCUUGUGAUUGUCUAUUUGAAAUCGUAAACAAAGGCAUGGAUCCUGUGGAUAAGACAAAACUUGUAGAAUCCCUUUGUCAGGUGUUACUGGCUUCUGGCUUCUUCAACACUGAGCAGGAAGAAGAUGUUGAUUUUCUGGCUAGGUUUUCCAAACUGGUGAAUGGGAUGGGCCAGUCUUUGAUAGCCAGUUGGAAUAAAUUGGUGAAAGCAGGGGAUGUAAAGAACAGCCAGGUGACACUUCUCGCUGUGGAAGCUAAAGUGCCUCUCAUGCUUAAACUGCUUAUGCAUGAAGAUGAUGAUAUCUCCUCCAAUAUAAUUGGUUUAUGCUAUGACUAUCUUCAUACACUCAAACAACUUCCUGCCUUGACAGAACAACAGAAGAGCAAUGUUGAGGCAAUUAUGCUUGCGGUUAUAAAGAAGCUGACUUACGAUGAAGAAUAUAAUUUUGAAAAUGAGGGUGAAGAUGAAGCCAUGUUCCUUGAAUAUAGAAAACAGUUAAAGUUGUUGUUGGAUAGAUUGGCUCAAGUUUCACCCGAGUUGCUUUUAGCUGCUGUCCGAAGGGUUUUCAACACUACACUGCAGAACUGGCAGAAUGUUUCGUUCAUGGAAGUGGAAGUGGCUCUCAGGUUGCUGUUCAUGCUGGGAGAGGCUAUCCCAGCUUCCCACGGGGCACACUUUUCUGGAGAUACUGCAAAAGCCAGCGUCUUGCAGGAGAUGAUGCAAAUAUUGGUGACAUCUGGCGUUAGUCAAUACCAGCAUACAUCAGUCGCAUUGGAGUUUUUUGAGACAGUGGUUCGUUAUGAGAAGUUCUUUUCAGUAGAGCCACAGCACAUUCCUACCGUUCUGAUGGCAUUUCUAGAUCACAGAGGCUUGCGAAACAACAGUCCAAAAGUACGUAGUAGGACAGCAUAUCUCUUCUCCAGAUUCAUUAAAUCUCUCAGCAAGCAUAUGAAUCCCUACAUAGAAGAUAUUCUGAACAGAAUACAAGAUCUGCUGGUUCUUUCCCCUUCUGAGAACGGUUUCCAGACCCUGUUGACAAGUGAUGAUCAACUGUUUAUUUAUGAAACAGCAGGAGUACUGAUUGUGAAUAGCGAUUACCCAGCAGAGAGGAAAUUAGCUUUAAUGAAGAACUUGUUGGCACCACUAAUGGAGAAAUUUAAAAUUCUUUUAGAGAAACUUAUUUCAGAACAGGAUGAGGAACGACAGACUGCAUUGGCAGAUUGCUUAAACCAUGCUGUGGGCUUUGCAAGUCGUACCAGUAAGGCCUUCAGUAACAAGCAGACUGUGAAACAAUGUAGAUGUUCAGAAGUGUAUCGGGACUGUCUGCAAACAUUCCUACCGGCUCUCAGUUGCCCUUUACAAAAGGAGAUGCUACGAAGUGGAGUCCGUACUUUCCUUCAUCGAAUGAUUAUUUGCUUAGAAGAAGAAGUUCUUCCAUUCAUUCCUACUGCUUCAGAACACAUGCUUAAGGACUGUGAAGCAAAGGACCUUCAGGAAUUUAUUCCACUUAUCAAUCAGAUUACAGCAAAGUUUAAGAUACAGAUUUCUCCAUUUUUGCAACAAGUAUUUAUGCCCUUGGUGCGAGCUAUAUUUGAAGUAUUAUCACGCCCUGCAGAAGAGAAUGACCAAACCGCUGCGCUUGAAAAGCAGAUGCUGCGAAGGAGCUAUUUUGCUUUUUUGCAGACUGUUGCCGGUAGUGGAAUGAGCGAAAUCAUUGCUAAUCAGGGUGUACAGAAUGUAGAACAUGUCCUGUUUACAGUUAUUCAAGGAGCAGUUGAAUUUCCUGAUCCUAUAGCACAAAAAACUUGCUUCAUUAUACUAUCAAAGUUAGUCGAACUUUGGGGAGGUAAAGAUGGCCUCUUAGGGUUUGAAGACUUCAUCUAUAAACACAUCGUCCCAGCCUGCUUCCUUGCACCACUCAAACCAACCUUUGAUUUAGCUGAUGCUCAAACUAUUUUGGCUCUAUCAGAGUGUGCAAUAACAUUGAAAACUAUUCAUCUCAAAAGGGGUCCUGAAUUCAUUCAGUAUCUUCAGCAAGAAUACCUGUUGUCACUGCAGGUUGCCCCAGAAAUAAUUCAGGAAUUUUGCCAAGCACUUCAACAGCCAGAUUCAAAAGUUUUUAAAAAUUAUCUAAAGGUAUUCUUUCAGCGAGCAAAGCCUUGAUAUUGAAUCUGAAAAAUACCACGUCUUAACAUCUCAAGAAUCAAUUUCAUUUCAUUUACCCAUAUGGCUGAAAUUGGUUAUUAGUAAGGUUUGAAAACCAUGUACAUUACCCCAAAAUGCUUUCUGUGCUUGUGUAGGUUCCAUAUCUAGCUCCUCAUUUUAUUUAAAUUACAUUAAUUGAUUUGUUACCAAUGACUAUAUUUUGUCCUAUUGGAUUGUUUAAUGAGGUAUCGGUGCUAAUGCCUAAACACUGUUAACCUAUACAAACACAAUCUGAAUAUGUGCUGUUACGAGUGCAGCAGUGAAAUUCCAUGCUAGUCUUAUUAGUCUUUUUUAAAAAAGAAAAUGUAUUAAAAUGAGAAGAAUUCAUUGUAAAAUAUGGAACUUGUUUUUGAUAGUGGUUGGCCAUCACAUUAUUUGUAAAUUUCUAUGGCUUGAUGAGCAAACAUGUUCUAGAGAUAUAAUGAAUUAAAGAUGAAUUUCAGGCUUGGGCAUAUAACAAACUCAAAAUAAAUUUGUCGAAUAUA